UCAAUCUGAACAAAGUCAUAGCAGCUGGGGGUUGAUUUACUUUCCUGAUGUUGACCCCCUACUCAACUCCCACAAUAAUCCUGCAAUUAAACUCCAUGUCCUUGUCCAACAGUCUCAUUCAUGUGGAAGUGACAUAACCGUGAACACACAACUUUAGAAUUUGUUUAACUGACGACGGCUUUCAAAGUUAGAGUUAGUUUUAGGUCAAAUCAACAGGACCGUUUCGGCUAUGCGACCGUCCUUGGAAAUCUGAGCCCAACUCUGCAGGAAUUAUGAGGGCAAACACAAAAAUCUGCCUUGUGUCCUGAUGGAACUAACCUUGCAGUCAGCUGCUGAUUUUAUGGAAGACCAUAAACACUUCUCUGGAUGGAUGUAGGGGAACAUUAUCCAAAAAAAUCCUGGCUCUGUUGUUCCUGGGCAAAGUCUGCAGGAAAGAACGUCUCCAAGGGUUUAAUUUUUUUAUUUUUUUUUGUCAGUUUAAACUGAAUCAUGUAUUUGCUUAAGACUCGAUGUGUUCAGUUACCAGUGGACAUCCUGGGUAUUAAGUGAAUUGGAGUCCGGGAAAGGAUAUUGUAAUGUAUGUAGUUACUGUCAAAACACUGCCAGUCAAAGAGCCUUUGUGUCCCCAGGUUAAGAGAGUUCAGGCACAGAAGGGCUGGCAUGAUGGAUGGUGGGCCAAAUAUGAGUGCGUGCAGGAUUUAGCCCUGAGAAUUUUGUUGUUGUUGUUGGUGGCGGGAAUAGGUUGAAUGGGCCAUUCAGAAAAAAGGAACCCUUCCUAACUAAAGGCAUAUUCCCAUUCAUCUAGCAAAGACAAAUUUGGAUGAUGGGUUGUAAAAAAAAAAGAUUUAAUUUGGGGUUCUAAGCAGGAAGAAAUAGCAUAUGGAAGUGUUGAAAUCUCGUUUCUGCCUUGACUGUGUGUACACACCAAACUAACCCUACAACAGCUGCUUGGACUUGAAGAGAAAAGGGGGAAAAAAAAAAAAUCAGCUUUCACCACUUAAAUGGCCUCCCACGUGCCGCCUCUACUACAUAAACAUGUCCACACGCACACACACACAUGCAAGGCUUCGUGCUGUGGAGCCACAGUAAGCUCAGAGUUAAAUUUAGCCAUUGAGGCACUUCAUAUCAUCUGUCACAUCCGCUGUACCAGACCCCGAGUGAGACUUCCUCUGUCCGCAGUCCGAGCAUAACUUGGCCGCUGUUUACCCUCUUCCUGAAGGAACAUGCGGUACGGAUCACCUCUAAGCGAUGGCAAACCUUUUCACCUCCUUUGCACGUCAUCCAUGCAAACAACGCAAAUUUGAUACCGUGCAAAUGCACAGCAUUGUCACAGCAAAACAAACAUUUUGUAAUAUGACAGUUUCAUCACAAUAUGGUACUUCAAGGUCAAUAAACCUCAAAAUCUUCCAUAAUAAGUUUUGUAAUUAAAAAUAACUGCAACAAGGAGGAAUGGCACAGUGUUCAUCAACACUUACUGCAUAUUGAUGCUCAUUUGAUCGAUAAAUUGAUCCAGAUUCAUUCAUUAUUUCACCCCCGAUUAACAUAUAUAACAGUACCUGUUUAGGUGAAACUAACUGGGUCUGGAUGUCUGUAUACAGACAUUAUUGAUGUAUUCAGGAUUAAAUCUACUCCAUGUCCUAAAUGUUGAAUGUCAGAUUAUCCAGACAUGAAUCUGAAGAAAAAACCUUCACUGAAAGGUCACUUCUGUAACAAUGUAUUUACACACAAAAACAAAACCUGACACGUACAGCUACCUCUACACUACAGCUUUACCUUUUCUUAACAUUGCUCUCAAUUAUUUCUCCCCUGCUCCGUCUGUCAGACCGUAGUUAAUUUCAUUAGCGAGCUGCAGGAGCAGAUGUGUCGGUUUCAGGAGGAGAUCAAUAGCAAGAUCCAGGAGAAAAAAGCCUCCGAGAGCCCAGCUGAAAGUGGCUCUCCUGCGGUCGGCUGCACCGAAACCACUGAGGGCAAGGGACCCGACCCUGGGGUGAAUCUGAAUCUAGACGAGCUUCAAGAUGGCUCUGAUGAGAGCGCACACAACCUGGAAGAGGGUAGCUCAGAUGCAGAGCAACAGUGCCACUAUGGAGGAGAAAGCGGUUUACUGAAGGAGCUCCGGAGUCUGAAAGACAAGGUGGAGCACCUGGAGGAUCAGAAGUUACAAUAUGAGAAGAAACUCAAAGCGACAAAGGCAGAGAUCGGCAGCCUUCAGCAGCUCCUGCUCAGUAAGAACGCAGAGAUCGAGAGCUUGCACACGCAGCUGCUGGCCAGACCCUCUCUAUCAACUGAGAGCCCAGAGAGAGACGAGAUUUACAGGAGGAGGCUAAAUGCCAAAUAUCAGGAACUGCAGAGGCUUAAGAUUGGAAUGAAGUCACUGGUCGCUGCCAACGAUGAAAAGGACCGGCGUAUUGAAGAGCUCACUCUGCUCCUGAAUCAGUGCAGGCAAUUCAGAGAGGUCACACUCACCACAAAGCAAGCUCCCCCUGCUGUCCAUUUACUAUCAAACGGCAGGACGCCUUCAAGUAGCAGUGAGGAAGAGGAGCAGGUUUUGCCGAAAAAUACUGACUCUUCCAGUGCAAAAUCCGAGGAUGUCAAGUCUGAAGUUUCCACAAACAGCUCUUCCUCCCGUCAAACAUCACUCACAUCUGGUCAGAAGGACAAUGAUUACAGAACAGAAUCUCAGACACUAUCAAACAGUACGAACAACCUAACAAAUGGAACUUCACCAAAGAGCGGUCUCGGUGGCUCCAGAAGUCAGACGAUGCCUGUCAAGUCGUCACUGUCGGAGCAAAACGGGUUCGGGGGCAGCAGCAGCAGCAGCAGCGAGAUCCAGAGCCAAAGGUCUCCAGAUGGCAGCGAAGACGGAGACUCCAGUCAAAGUCAAAGAAAGUCGGAGAAAGCCGAUGACAGCACUUCGAGUAGUAAUUCCCCCGUUCAUUCUGAAGCGAAUGCACAGCCUGGCCAACGAACCGUGGGCUCACCAGAAUACAUGAAGAACAACAGGAGCUUCAAGAGACUCUGGGGAAAACUAAGGAGAACUCAGUCUGGAGGGCUCCAGUCAGCAGAUCCAGAUGCAGGUCAGUUUAGGAGAGGGGGACUACGUGCCACAGCUGGACCCAGACUGACCAGGACUCCUGAAUCUUAUGACUCGUCACGUGAUAUGAAUAUUCCAUUCAGCCAGUGGACCAAAGAGCAGGUGUGUGGCUGGCUCGAGGAUUAUGGGCUGGGUCAGUACAUCAGUCUCUCCAGACAGUGGGUCGACAGUGGACAAACACUUCUGUCUGCUUCACCUCAGGAGAUUGAAAAGGAGAUGGGUCUGAAGAAUCCUCUGCACAGGAAAAAGCUCCAGCUGGCUCUGAGGGCGUUCACCACCAAAGUUAUAGAGAAAUCAUCAGAGCUGGACCACAUCUGGGUCACCCGCUGGUUGGAUGACAUUGGUUUGCCUCAGUAUAAAGACCAGUUCCAUGAGGCACGAGUAGACGGUCGAAUGAUACAAUACCUCACAGUGAAUGACCUCUUGACUCUAAAAGUUACCAGCCAGCUGCAUCACCUCAGUAUCAAAUGUGCCAUUCACGUCCUUCAUGCCAACAAGUUCAACCCUCACUGUCUUCGCCGUAGGCCAGGCGACGAGAAGCAGCCCAGUCCCUCAGAGGUGGUGCAGUGGUCUAACCAUCGUGUGAUGGAGUGGCUUCGAGCAGUGGAUCUAGCCGAGUACGCUCCUAAUCUACGGGGCAGUGGUGUCCAUGGUGGCCUGAUUAUCCUUGAGCCGCGCUUCACCUCAGAAACUCUGGCCCUGCUGCUAAAUAUCCCUCCUCAGAAGACUUUGCUCCGUCGCCACCUUGCCACUGCCUUCUCUACCCUGGUGGGGGUUCAGGCCACACAGGAGAAGCGGGAGUACGGCAAUGCCACAGGCCACGUUCCCCUCACAACCACUGCCAAAGUGAAGCCAAAAAAGCUGGGCUUCACCCAAUUCAGUCACCUGAGAAAGAGGAAACCCGACGAAUCUGCAGAUUAUAUUUGCCCCACGGACGGUGGAGUGCUGACGGUGAACGGAGUUUCCAGAUCGCACUCCGCAGCAUUCAAGGGCCUCAGCCCCAGCUUGGACAGACAGGCUGAGAAGCGGGAGCAGACUGGGACUAAGGUCGAGGCCAAUGGCUUCAAAGAAUAAUUUAAAAAAUAGCUCCAGACUCGCCAUCGCUGCCCUCUCACUAGUGACUCAUGUGAAUCAGUGAAGAUUUGAACGCAGAAACUCAAUCAGGAUGCAACAGUGUGAUGAAUUGCUGACGCGUUGCACAUGCUACUGUUGGUCAUUGUUGUUUGUCGCUCGCACGUUGUUCACCUAAAGAUUAUGAAUGAGGACACUGUGUGCAUUGUCUAAUGAAAGCUGCUCUCUGCAUUCCUUACACGAUCAGAUUCCAAAGCUUAUACUUUACUUUACUUGCUAAAAAUCAUUGAACUUUACUUUACUUGACCAUUUUGUAUCUGUAGAUUUAGGAUAUUGAUGUGCUCUAUCUUGUUAAAUACCUGGUUUGACUCUACAGUAUGUUUGACAUUGGUUACUGUUUCACUUUAAUCUAUGAGUGACAUAAAGUUUGAAUACUUUUCAUGGUACAUUAAUUAAACUGCUCUGCACCUUUGAA